AUGUUCGGGCGCUUUGCCAUGCCAAGCACCCAAGCUUCCUCCAACCCGACCACCCGCCUCACCGUCCGCUUCGGCUCCGCCAUGAUCGACACCACGGUCACCCGCGACGCCGCGGCCGCCGACGAGUGGGUGCGCGCCGUGCGCGCCGCGAGCCCGCGCGGCGCCCCUCUCAUCGUCGGCCUCGACUGCGAGUGGAAGCCCAACUACUGCAGCUGGACGACCUCCAAGGUGGCCAUCCUCCAGCUCUGCGCGGGCGCCCGCUGCCUCAUCCUGCAGCUCCUCUACGUCGACCGUAUCCCGGCCUCCGUCAGGGGCCUCCUAGCCGACCCCGACGUGCGGCUCGUCGGCAUUGGCGUCGGCGAGGACGCCGCGAAGCUGGCCGCCGACUACGGCCUCGAGUGCGCGGCGCCGGUCGACCUGGAAGGCCGCUGCAACGACCACCUGGGACUCUACGGCGGCGGCGGGAGGAGGCUGGGGCUCAAGGGCUUCGCGAGGGAGGUGCUGGGGCUCGUCAUGGAGAAGCCCCGCCAUGUCACCAUGAGCAACUGGGAGAAGCAUGACCUCGACGUGGCCCAGAUCCAGUACGCGUGUAUCGACGCGUACGUGUCUUACAAGCUGGGCGAGAGGGUCCUCGUCAUUAACUGA